GGCCGCGACGAUUCUGCAGUACCUCCUCUCUCCCCCAGGGGCCAACUCCACUAACCAGCAAAAUCUGGCGCUCUUUGAAAAGCAGCUGCAACAGCAACAGUUGUAGACGGACGUCUGCUCAAUAACCACCAUGGACCCCAGGAACCUUGGGGUGCUGGAAUCCUUCUCAAGUGCCAAAUUACCACCUUCUACGUCUCGACCACUGAAGAUUUUCUACAGGGGAGAGCCGAUGGCCCUAGGGAUCACUCAAAUACUCACGGGCAUCUUGGAAAUCGCUUUCGGGCUUGUGUUAGAUAUGCCUGCUCAUAAUUUCUUUGACAUCGUUAUACAGACGCCACUUUGGUCUGGAAUCCUGUAUAUCAUUUCUGGAUCCUUGUCUGUGGCGGCUGCAAAAAAACCCAAGAUGGCACUGGUGAAAGGUGCAUUGGGAAUGAACGUUGUGAGUGCCGUGGCAGCUGGAUUAGUGAUUAUAAUCUCCUCCUUUUCUAUGUCCUUUUCAUAUCCACCAUACUGCCACCAUUAUGACGAUUAUGAAAGCUACAAGAAUGAAACAAUUCAAGGUUGCUCCGACUCCCUCAUCUCUUACGAUCUUAUGUAUAACACAGUGGCCAUCCUUCUCUUCUUCACCGUCUUAAAUUUCCUCCUUGCCAUUGUCACCGCUGCCUUCGGGUGUGCCAGCGUUUGUAGGAAUGCCUACAGCGAAACGACUGUGGUGAUUUUUCAAGGCGUUGCAGAGACAAGUGCUCCUCCUGUGACAGCUCCUUAAAAGCAUUCUCUGAGAUGACUGUCUUUCUGCAUUUUCAGUUGACUGGAACUGAUUCAAAGCACCACAGUAUCUACCCAAAAGAAGACAGCAUUGGAUUUAAGAUAGACCCUGCAAAUAAAAGAAAUGUUGUAUGUAGUA